CGGGCAUUGUUGGCGUCUUGUAACCAGUAUGCUGAACAGAAAUAAAGAAGUUCCUGAGAACUACAACUGCUUCUCGUGUCAUUGCCAUUUCGCGAAGGACGCAACACUAGUCAACUAAAAAUCCUGACAUGACCUAAAUAUUGUUUAUCGGGAAGUUCUUUUCUAUUCCAAUUUCUUCAUCCAGGAAGCUGAGUAAGCUAACAUUAUUCAGAGACUGGAUGAUCUAAAAGAGGCACUGACAACAACCCAAUUCACAACAAAGCCUCUAUUUAAAUUGGCUUCACCAAAUACUUAAACUUGUGACAAUAGAGUUACCCAACAAUCUACUAUUUCCUCAAUAACAAAAAAAAGUAUUGUCACGCAGGCUACAGCAGAAAGACAAACUGUUCCAUUGUACAGUGUCCUUUAAGCAUGCAGAUUCUAAGGAUACAACUUAUCUACCACCUUUACUAGAGUCAGAAGUGCCUUUAACAUCUCCUUACAAGAUGACCCCCAACUGUAUCCCCCCCAAAACUGACAUAAAUUUAUAUGGGUGAUAGUUGGGGAUUCUGCUGAGAUAAUUGCUACAGGUGAAGACUCUCUGACCCAGCUAUCAGACGGCGACCAGAGGCAGAGACGUGCCUCAGUCCCCACACAAACAGUGGGGUUACCCUUGCUGUUGUGGAUGAUGUCCCCAUAGUCUCUCAAAACUUGCCUAAUUCCUGGUUAAACGCAUCUAAUAACCAACAAUAUUUAGUUUUCGGUGACAACAUCACCCAUCAUAACUCUCUUCCACCAAGUGCACCUACUGAGAACGUGGAAGGCCAGACUGUUCUGAUAUGAUUUUGUUUCUUUGUUGUAUUCCUCAUUUCCUCUGAUUUCACUGGUUUAUUCCAUAUAUAAAACUACCUGAUUGAAUACUUGUUUCUUCUGAUGUAGGCCAUAUCCAUUAUGAUUUAGGGUAGAUACUUCUUGACUUUUGACACAAAAUUUAAAAACCUCAACCCUUGAAUUUUACUUAUAUUGUAACUAAUUAUACAAACUAAGACUUCCUAGAAAUGUUUUUAUCAUGAAAAUGAUCAUCUUCAACCUAUUAAAAGAGAAGGUGAGAGUUUAUUUAGUUAAUUGGUGGCAAUGUACAACUGAUUAGAAAUCCCUAAUUCGUAAAACCCAGCGGAUUGCAUAAAUUAUGAAAAACUAGAUUUUUUACAGGCCAUUUCCUCGGAUUCCCAACAUUGCAACUUUUCUAAACUGGAAGCCUACAUUUCCCAAACAGCAGUUCUUCCCCGAGGGUCUACUUCCGCCUAAAGAGCAAUGCUUUCUGGGACAUGUAGUCUGUGCGUAUGUAUCAAAUGAGACGGCCGCAACGUCGGAUUCCCACCAGAUGAUGGUAACAUAAUGUACUGUACUAUUUGGGCAUGCAAAUUUGGUUUCCCUUUCCGGAAGCAGCGCCUCUGGGGGGAUGAGUAACGGGAGCCGGAGUGGGUCAAAUGAAUCCGGUGGUACCGAGAAUCGUCUAAAAUAGUAAAAAAAAAUCACUUUUAUUUUGCAAGUCAAGGGAUUUGAAGUUUUGAUCAUCUGGAGACUGAGCUGGGGGCAACGUGUAGCAAUGGAGCAAAGGCGAAGGAAUUCGUGUGUGAGUGAACGGGUUUAACUCAGGGCUGUGUAUCUGUGUAUUACUUUCUCCAAUUCGAGAUUUGGACACUAGACAGUUUAGCUGAGGAAUCUGAUCCAGCAAAUACGAGAAGUGAGGACUUUUGUUAUUCAAGGCUUAUUAAGAAUUCUCCAUUUUGCACAACUGGAAACAUUACGCUUGAAACCCGUCUAAGGAAUGAUGAAAUCAGGAACAAAAUCAUUAAGGUCCUCAGGUAGUGAUGGCUAUUCUUCAUGAAUCUGAAUAUGGAGGCUACUGGAACAGAUGAAGUAGAGAAAAUAAAAUCAAAGUUUAUAUCUGCAUGGCAUAAUAUGAAAUAUGACAUUUCUAAUCACUAUGAUAGAGCAGUAUUGCUCGCAGCCAGAAGAUGGGAAAAACUAAUGCAUCGCAUCUCGGCUUGCUACCGCAAAAUGACGUUUUUACACACUUGCAUCUGAGAGAACUUGCCUCCUAAGUCACUAAGAAGGAGGACUGCAGUUGACUCCGUUGAGUGCCAAUAAGCGGUCCAUCAGUUUCAACGCCGGACAGUGCGCGCUCUCAUUAACGACCAGCAUAGACGCGUGGAAACUCUAAAGGCAUGGGCCCAGGACCACCGUGGACAAUGCAACACGACCCUGUCAGAAUAUCAUUUCCAGGCACUAAGCCAUCAUAUUCGGUUGGGAGCAAGGAGAACAAGCCAGGAAAUGGCGACGCGCCUCCGACGUAAAAUGGACAUAUUACGUUGGGUAUUGAAAACUAAAACUUACUUUAGCAGAAAUUCUCCUGUCUUUUUGCUGGGAAAAUGCUACCAUUUCAAGAGUGAUGAGCCCAGUGACCAGUCACCAAAUGGUUCCUGUGAUGACAUGACAGAUGAAAGCUUUUCAAGAAAUGUCGAAGAGUUCCGUAAAGACUUUAUUUCUAGAAUAUGGUUGACUUACAGGGAAGAAUUUCCCCAAAUUACGGGUUCAGUUUUAACCACAGACUGUGGCUGGGGCUGUACUUUGAGAACUGGCCAAAUGCUUCUGGCUCAAGGACUUAUUCUCCAUUUUCUUGGUAGAGAUUGGACUUGGGCCAAUGCCUUUGUCUUUGAGAAUCCAGAGUCUGAAUCAUGGACAAGUCAGACAGUAAAAAAGCUCACAGCAUCUCUUGAAACAUCACUUAUAGGAGAAAGAGAAUUCAGGAGCCAGUCCACUCAUCCUAAAAGUCCAAUACGCAACCAGGAAACUGAAGAAAGUGUGGAGGAGCAGUAUCACCGAAGAAUUAUCUCUUGGUUUGCUGAUUCACCAUUUGCCAAUUUUGGCUUGCAUCGGCUGAUAGAAUAUGGAAAGAAGUCUGGAAAAAUAGCUGGAGACUGGUAUGGGCCAGCAGUGGUAGCGCACCUUUUGAGGAAAGCAGUUGAAAAAGCAAGGGACCCAGAAUUACAAGGAAUAACCAUCUAUGUUGCUCAAGACUGUACGGUUUACAAGUCUGAUGUUAUUGAUGCUCUCUGCCCUUUCACGGAUUCUGAAAAGACAAGUGUCAAAUCUAUUAUUAUAUUAAUUCCUGUCAGGCUUGGUGGUGAACGGACCAAUAUGGAAUACUUUGAGUUUGUGAAGGGAAUUUUGAGCCUCGACUACUGCAUUGGCAUUAUCGGAGGCAAACCUAAACAGUCAUAUUACUUUGCUGGAUUUCAAGAUGACAGCUUGAUUUACAUGGAUCCUCAUUAUUGCCAGUCUUUUGUAGAUGUCAGCGUAAAGGAUUUCCCCCUUGAGUCUUUCCACUGCCCUUCUCCAAAGAAGAUGUCGUUUAAAAAAAUGGAUCCAAGUUGCACCAUAGGAUUAUAUUGUCCUGACAUGCAAGGUUUUGAAAGGGCUGCUGAAGAAAUAACUAAGAUUUUGAAAUUGUCUAAAGAGAAAUAUCCCUUGUUUACUUUUGUAAAUGGACAUUCCAGAGACUUCGAUUUUGUGGUGAGUCCAGUCCAAGAAGAGAAGACAAUGUUCUCCGAAGAAGAACACAAAAAGUUGGCGUGUUUUAACAAUGAAGACUUUGUCUUGCUAUGAGGACAUUUUUAUUUAUUCAUUGAAAAUGAUUUUAUGCUCAGUUUUCACAGAUGCUACAAAAUGGUUUAACUAAAAGCUACAAGCAACAUAAACACAAUUAAAAGUAAUUAAUAAAAACUUGUGGCAAUAAGCAGUAGACUACCAAGGACUAUCAUCAAUGAUCAGUUUUUCAAAACUUGUUUUCUGACUCCCAGCAAAGGGAAUCCUAGAGUUUAAGACUAGGCACCACUGCCCAGUAAUCUUUGCUUUGCAUAACUAUGCACAAUACUUCAGUUGGGAAGUGACACAGAAUAGAAACUCAGUGGUGAUUCAAGUCUAACCUGCAAGAUUAGAAUCAUCAGAUUUUUCCAGCAGUUGAAUUCCAGGAGAUAUUAAGCCCAAACUUUCCGAAGUCCAUUAGUCUAAGUAACAAAGAAAAAAAGUAAAAAAGAUGGAAAAUUGAACAGGAGGAAUUCCUUAUAUGAACAACAUAAAGCCAUAUCGCAUGGAACCUUUAAUUAAAUAUUAGCUUUAAUUGAUAAAAGUGUAAGGUUUACCAAACAAAGUGUCUAUUGGCAUAUAAUUAAUAAGAACAGAUUUGUAAUUAAUAUGUCAAAAAGCUUAGGAAUUAAUAAUUCUGUUCCUGGUGGUUAAAGGAAUAAACUAAAAGGAACCCAGAACCUGUACUGUGAACGGCUAAUUAAACUUGUGAAAGACGAUAAAAGACAAUGUUGAAGGUCUACAGUGUUCAGUGUUGAUGUUGUGCUCAGGCACAUCUUAACAAUUUGCUCAUCAUAAUAGUCAAGUUUACCCCAUUCUAGCCUACUUCAUGAAUUGUACAGCAUCUUCCAUACAUUUGGUUUCUGCACCAGACGUCUUUGACCAGCGCUAUCACACAGCAGGAAAAAGGGAUACACCUUAUAUAUAUAGCAACAGGUAUGUUUCCUGGCCCAGGGGCAUUAGAAAGUCAAGAAGGACCUCAAGAACCUCUGAUAGCUGUUAGGGAAAGUAACUUAAGGAUAGAUGUCAGUUCUGAACUGUCCUACCCACUGUAGUGUAUCUCUAAUCCUAUAGUCUGCAUAUAACUGAUAUAACCAUUUUACAGUGUUGCUUUGCAGAUCAACAUUGAGCUGCAUGGAUUUCCUUAAAGCAGUAUAGCUACUGCUUUGGGGACCAUCUGUCCUAAGAGUGCACUUCUGUAAAAACAUAUGCUAGGAUGAUGAUUUUAGCUAAUAGGUAGUAGCAUUUAGAUGUAUCAAAGUGACCAUUGUGGUACUGUAUCCAUCUACUCCAACAGAUUCAGCGAAAUGGUAGCAAAAUAUUCAAUAUAUCUAUUGAAUAUUUAUGUUCUGAAAGAAUCAAAUAUGUUUUAAAACAUUUUAAAAUGUAUAUAGCAACAUUUUAUUAGUAGACAAAUAUAAUGGCAGGCAAUAAAAAGAUACUAAGCUUAUUGAGAUAUGGUUGAUUGUUGAUGCUUUGGGCUUGUUCUCUCAUAUUUCCAGUUUUCCCACAAUUUCUAUUUUAAAUUUGGAUCAAUUCUUGACUACAAAAGGAUUCAUUGCAAUGCGAUUAUCUUUCUACUAAGGUACACGGGGUAUUUUAAAACUAUUUUUGAUAAUGCUUGAUAAGCGAGAACCUAGGAUUGAAGUAUUACAAGGACCAUGAUGUGAUUCAACUGAUCCUCACUUAACUAAUUUAAGACAAAGGAAUUGGCUAGUUUGUAAGAGAGCAUAGAGUUUGUUGGGAACCAAUACGUAGAAUGUUUUGUUAAAAACUUAAGCUUAAUGUGCAUAAAGAAUCAGGGAAUCAAAAUAUUAGUGUUAUUUUGUGUCAAUCCCUAUAAUGUUUAAUGGAUGUAAUCAUGGAAUUCUAGGCAGAGUAUUGUAGUCAAAUGUAUUUUUACUUUUUUCCAGUGAUGCUUUUGUAAUUGUAAGCUGAAGAGUAAGUAAAGGUUGUUAUUUAACAAUAUGAUCUUAUAAUGACUACUCAUUCCAUUGUAAUUGAAAUUUAACAAGAAAUUUUAAUAUAAUAUUGGGCCAAUCCUCUCAUUUUGCUACUGUUAAACUAUAGCCUAUAAUAUUGGAUACAAAUAAUGAUUGGAUGGGAGUUUUGCUUAAUUUUUUACCUCCAUGUGCAAUUUGGAUAUCUAUCCUCUUAACGUCAAAAUCCUUAAAUAUAAAUCUAAAAUUGUGGAGUGAGCCAGCAGCCAACGUACAGGUAUAUUACAGCACGAUUUUGUGAAAUUUUAUAGAUCCUUGCAUCUCUGGAAGAACUGAUACUUAUAUAAACAUUUCUUAUACUUAUAUAAAGAUUUCAUUUUAUUUAAACUGUGGGUUUAAACUGCAGAUUUUUUUUUCCCUUUGAAGGGCUGAUUUUAUUCUAUUUUCUAAAGAAAUAAGCAAUUUCUUAUAACCAACAUUAACAUUCUGACAGAGCUGAUUAACUGAAUAGCUAUAUUACUUUUUACAUGAAUGGCAAAAAAAAAAGUUUAUAGAAGCUUAGCUCAAGAAAAUGUCUUGGAAUUAGGCCUAAUGCUGAAGAAUGGAAUUCUUACAGAAAAAGUGAGAUAAAACAGCUGGAUUAAGUAAAUGUGGAAGUCAUGCAAGGCAAUCCUGUGGUUGUUUUGAACAAGAAGAGUUCCACAGUUCUGUAGCAUGAUUUACAUCCUAAAGUAUAUUAAAGGAUUUCAGAUUUAAAUGUGCUUGGCUGUUCCUGCUUUUAAGAUGAAAUGGCCUAUGCAUUGCUCUGUGGAACAGAUCUAUUCAUUUUUUUAUCUCUGCAUUUUCCAUAUGGACGUCGAAGUAAGGAUAACUAGUUGGUAUAUACAAUUAAAAAUAAUAAUAAUCAGGAAACCAAUGGAUUAACAAAAAAGAUUGUUGUAUGUAUAUUAUAUCAAGUGUAAAAGUGUAAACUGAUUGAAAAGACAGCAGAAUAUUUAAUUAAACAUAGAUUUUGCAGCUACAA